AGUCUCGCGAGAUUCGGGGCCGCUGCGGCAGGAGCAGCGCGGGGCGGGCGGCCGCCCCCAGGGCCGCGGGACCCCAGUGGGACCGACCCGACCGGACCGGACCGGACCGUGCCGGGCGCUUUCCUAAAGCUCCCAGAUUUUUCCCCCCCACUUUUCCUGUGGAACGGAGAGGCUGAGCACGUGCCGGCAUGGCAGAAAAGGUGAACAACUUCCCCCCCCUGCCCAAGUUCAUCCCCUUGAAGCCAUGUUUCUACCAGGACUUCGAUGCCGAGAUCCCACCGCAGCACCGCACCAUGACCAAGCGGCUCUACUACCUCUGGAUGUUGAACAGCAUCACCUUGGCAGUGAAUCUCGUUGGCUGCCUGGCAUGGCUGAUUGGAGGCGGCGGAGCUGUUAAUUUUGGACUGGCAAUUCUCUGGCUCAUUCUCUUUACACCCUGCUCCUAUGUCUGCUGGUUUAGACCUAUUUACAAAGCUUUCAAGACAGACAGUUCCUUCAGCUUCAUGGCCUUCUUCUUCACCUUCAUGGCCCAGCUGGUGAUCAGCAUUAUCCAGGCAGUGGGAAUCCCUGGCUGGGGUGUCUGCGGCUGGAUUGCAGCCAUUUCCCAAUUUGGGAGCAACGUGGGGGCAGCCGUGGUGAUGCUGAUCCCCACCAUCCUCUUCACGGCCAUGGCAGUCUUCUCCUUCAUCGCUCUCACCAUGGUGCACAAGUUUUACCGGGGGAGCGGUGGGAGCUUCAGCAAAGCCCAGGAGGAGUGGACCACGGGGGCCUGGAAGAACCCCCACGUCCAGCAGGCAGCCCAGAACGCGGCCAUGGGGGCAGCCCAGGGGGCUAUGAUGCAGCACGAGACCCAGUACUCAGCCACCCCCAACUACACCUAUGCCAACGAGAUGUGAGCAGCAGGAUGCUGACCCCGGGAGGAGGAGGAGGAGGAAGAGGAGGAGGAAGAGGAGCGCUGGGGGGCAGGCAGGCAGGAGGGGGAGGCAGAGUUCCUGCAGCUCUCUCAGAAAGUCAGUGUACCAUUCUUUGUGAUGAGGUCGUUUGGGAUUAUUCUUUUUUUUUUUUUCUCUUUUUUUUUUGGUCGUCUUGAGCUCUUCCUUUCCCUUUUCCCUUUCCCUUGGAGGAGGCUGUGAGUUGGCCUGCAGGGCUCCCGUUGUGCGUGGCAGUCAGUGUACAUUCAGGUGUCUUCUUUUCUCUGUGAAAUAGUGUAAUGGUGGUGGUUUUGUUUUUUUUUUUUUUAAUUCCUGUGGUGAUAGGUGUGUAUGUGAUAUCAGCCACAAGCCUCCCCACCCCAAUCUCCUGAAAAAAGAUCAAAAAACAGCAACCAGCACCCACCCUCUCCCCUCUUGCUGGAGGCCAAGAGAUCCCUAAUCCACGCCCUGGCUCAGGAUCUACAACUUGUGUGUGUGUGUGUGGUGGUGUCAGGAGCUGCUGUGGCAGAGCAGUGUGGGUGUGUGUGUGCCUUGGGGGGAGCCAGGAGGGGAUUUCCCUGAGGGAUAAAACCCCUCCUGUUCCACGUGCUGCACCCCCAGUCUCUUGUGUUGGGUUUUGUUGUUGUUUUUUUUUUUUUAAAAAAAAAAAGCUUCUAUUUUGAAAAGCAGCUCUCAAGUGGGCAGAGUGUUCCUCAGAGGAACUAUUCUGGGGUGAGGCUGUGGCUCACAUCCUACAAGCACAGGCAGGGCACCCAUCUCACUGCCCCAUCUUCUGUGGCAUGUGCUGAUCUGAGGCUCUUUAGGAAACCUCCAGGCUGGUGGGAAGGAUCCCUGCUUCCAAACCCACUUCUUUCCCUGCUACAGAAAUCCCUUCUCUCUCUCUCCAGCCCCAAAUCCCUGCCCCAUUUGGGAAGGCUAGGCUGGAAUUAACGACCUGGCAGAGCCCAGAGAAGAUGGGCUGGGGAGCAGGAGCUGCUGGGCACUGCAGGGCAGGAGGGGGGAAAGCUGCUCCCGAAAGAUGCUUUUCAGAUUUUUAACUGCACUUUUCAAUAAGCCAAAUUCCUCUCCAGGCCCUGGAAAAGCAGCUCCUGACACAGCCUCUGGGCUCGAGCACCUCCUGCCCACAACCCCCUCACCUGUCCCUUCCAGCUCCCCUGGGAGGCUUGGAAUCCCCCCCUAAAGAGGAAUUGCUCCUUCCCAGCAAAGCCCACCCAGAAUAGUUUCCUUUUUAAGGGUAGCACUUUGGCCACUCUGCAGCAGGCAGUCGCCUCUUGACAGGGCUAAGGAUGAAGCACUGGGUCUGUGUGCACGUGUAAAUCUGUAUAAAACCCAAGGAGAAAAGUCACCAUUUGCUGAGCCUGUUAUGUACUUAAAUCAGGUUUCAAUAUUGUGCAGUUCAUUUCUAGCUAGCCGAAGACUUUUAACCACGUCAAACCGUGUGCUCUGUCAUUCAUGUCUGAGAAAUGAUGGAUUUAAGUGGCUUCACCUCUUGCGUUGACAAUAAGACUCAUCAAUAAUAACUGUAACCAGCUGUCACUCA